UUGGCAAUCCCCUGUGCACGAGUCCCUCCCACGAAUGGUGGGAGCUGCAGUGCUGCACCCCACCCGCGGCAGCACCACCGGCGACGCCGGCACGCCUAAAUGCAUCCUCCCCUCGCCUCCGCGGCCCUCCGCCUCCUCUCCUUCACCUCCCGUACCCGCCUCCUCUCGCACUGCCCAUUUUUCCUAUCCCGCCGUGACGACGACGGCGGCCGCGAGGGCCCCUCGUCGCCGCUGCCCCCGCUCUCGCCUUCUGGCUCGACUUUCUGGCCCCGCUCGCUCCUCUUGUCUGCGUCAGAUGCCGCGGGCCUCUUCAGCCUCCGUGGCGGGUGGCGGAGACGGGCUCUUCCUCCCGCGGCGUCACGGCCCCCCGGCGCCGUCACUGACGCAGCUCCCGUCCGGCUCACCGUCUCCCGCAAAUAUUCUCUGCGUGUGGCCAAGGGGAAGAAGAAGGCGCAUUUUGACGAUGAACACAGCCAUCGAGCGGUUAACAUGGCACUAUGGUGCAACUUUCUCGUCUUCUCUCUAAAGUUUGGAGUGUGGAUUUCAACUUCAAGUCAUGUUAUGCUAGCUGAGCUAGUGCAUUCCAUUGCAGACUUUGCUAACCAGGCUCUUCUUGCUUAUGGUUUGAGCAGCUCAAGACGUGCUCCAGAUGCUCUACACCCCUAUGGUUAUUCGAAGGAAAGAUUUGUAUGGUCUCUCAUAUCUGCAGUUGGAAUAUUUUGCUUGGGUUCAGGUGCUACCAUAGUGCAUGGAGUUCAAAAUUUAUGGAAUUGUCAACCUCCAGAGAAUAUUCACUGGGCUGCAUUAGUGAUUGGUGGGUCCUUCCUAAUUGAAGGUGCUUCACUGCUUGUUGCUAUAAACGCUGUUAGGAAAGGUGCAGAAGCAGAGGGAAUGGGUAUUUGGGACUAUAUCUGGCGUGGUCAUGAUCCAACUUCUGUUGCUGUUAUGACUGAAGAUGGUGCGGCUGUUACAGGCCUUGCUAUUGCUGCAACAUCUUUGGUAGCUGUUCAAAUGACAGGAAAUGCUAUGUAUGAUCCAAUUGGUUCAAUCAUUGUUGGCAAUUUACUAGGGCUGGUUGCUAUUUUUCUGAUUCAGAGGAAUAGGCAUGCUUUAAUUGGCCGGGCCAUUGAUGAUCAUGACAUGCAGCGAGUCCUUGAAUUUCUUAAGUCUGAUCAGGUCGUAGAUGCUCUUUAUGAUUGCAAAAGCGAGGUGAUUGGGCCAGGAUUUUUUAGAUUCAAGGCUGAAAUUGAUUUCAAUGGAGUUGUUCUGGUACAAAAUUAUUUGGAAAGGACUGGACGUGGGACUUGGGCAAAACAGUUCAGGGAAGCUGCAAUGUCCAAGGAUGAUACGGAAUUACUAAGGGUCAUGGCUAACUACGGUGAGGAUGUAGUUGAAGCUCUGGGAUAUGAAGUGGAUCGGCUGGAGUCUGAGAUCAAAAAGCUUGUGCCUGGGAUUAAACAUGUUGACAUCGAGGCACACAAUCCAGAAGGACUUACUCUUAGAGCAGAAGUUUUGUAGAUUACCUAUGUACAUUGCAUUUGAUUUAAACAACUUACACAUAGAACAUCUGUAUACUACUAAACAGAAACCACACAACUAGAGAGCAUGCAUGAACAACAUAAGAGAGCGGCUACACAAGUUGCAUAAAAUCCACACGACUUUACAUAUACAUAUACAUCACACAAUCAGUAAAUAUAGAGAUGACUGGAUUGCUCGACUUGUUGGAUAGACAUCUCAUGUAAAAUAGCUAUAUGCCUAUAUCAAGAAUGAACAAGAUGCUGUCUUGUUACACACAGAAAACAUUUUGAAGUACUAUGCUUACAUGAA